AUGGCGAUCCAUGCCAUCGUCUCGAAACUCGCUCCCUCACGAACAACCAUAUAUUCGAGAUGCCUUAAUGCACAACGGUCCCUCCAAGUUCGGAACAUCGCGACGACGUACCUCAAAAAAGUUGCAGAAGGCGAGGAGAGAUGGAAAGAGAGGGCAGAGAAGAUUCAGAAAGGCGAGAUUCCACACACAUGGGAUGUUCUUCAGGAACGAGGAUAUAUCAAGGAUGUGGCAGGAUCCCCUGAGAAGAUUAAGGAAAUUAUGCGAGUCAGGAGGAUAGGCUCCUACGUCGGUAUCGAUCCCACCGCCGACUCGAUGCACGUCGGUCACUUGCUACCUCUGAUGCCCAUGUUCUGGAUGUGGUUCCACGGUUAUCCUGCUGUCACUUUGAUCGGUGGCUCAACUGCCCGUAUCGGUGAUCCUACCGACCGACUCGAGAGCCGAGCGAUUCUUUCCAAUUCCGAUAUUUCCAAGAACAUCACAAAGAUCCACGUCCAAUUGACAAAGUUAUGGCAAAAUGUCCACCAAUUAAAACAGAAGUACGGGUAUGAGCCGGACUGGGCUGCCACACAUCGCUUGUUGAACAACAACAUGUGGCUAGGGAACCUUACUCUUUAUGAUUUUGCCAAAAGGAUAGCCAGGCACACAAGAAUCGGACCUAUGCUGGCUAGAGAUACUGUUAAGCGAAAGAUGACUGAGGGAGACGGCAUGUCUCUCGGCGAAUUUAUGUAUCCUCUUCUUCAAGGGUGGGAUUUCUGGCACAUGUACAACAAACUUGGCGUUCAGAUGCAGAUUGGAGGCUCAGAUCAGUACGGCAACAUCACUGCUGGAAUCGAGGCCCUCAAGACCAUUCGCGAGACCGAAGAGGCGCCUCACCUGAAGAUGCCUUCGACUUGGGAUCAUGAACCAGUGGGUUUCACCGUGCCGUUAUUAACAGACUCUGCCGGCAACAAGUUUGGCAAAAGUGCUGGCAACGCUAUAUGGUUGGAUGAGUUCAAAACAUCAGCAUUCGACUUGUACGGUUACUUUGUGAGAAGGUCUGACGAGGAGAUUGAGAAUUUGCUCAAGAUGUUCACUUUUAUUCCUCUAGAGAAGAUCUCCAAGCUGAUGGACGAGCACCGAGCGGCACCCCAGGAGCGAAAGGCUCAGCACACCCUGGCGUUUGAAGUUGUUUCACUUAUUCACGGAGCUCAAAAGGCUGUUGAGGAGGCCAUGCAACACGAGUUUCGAUUCGGAACCAAGCUACCUAAGGGUAUUGUCAGUGAGCCUACUCCAGACACUGGCAUCGUCACUCCCAACAAUGCCCCAAGAAGCGAUAUCCAACUCCCUCGCUCCAUCAUGAACUCCUCGCCAGCGAAGAUUCUCCACGCUGUUGGCCUCGCAUCCAGCAGUAGUGAAGGCCAGCGUCUGCUCUCUGCACAAGGCGCCUACAUCGCCGCGCAGCCAGGCCAGAAGAGGGGACUUGUCCCUGGCAAUCUGUCCUGGACUCCCAUGAAGGCCUGGUUCCCCGAAGAGACUUCCAAGUUCCUCAUCGACGACCGCAUGCUCAUUAUGCGCAAGGGCAAGCACAACGUCCGAAUCGUCGAGCUCAUCAGCGAUGAAGAGUGGAAGAAGAGCGGCCAGAUCUACCCUGGCCAGCCCGGUACCGGUCUCCUGCGCAGAAUGAAGGAGGAGUUGAAGAAAGACGCUGAAGCGAAGGGUAGGUCAAUAUCAGACAGGGAGCUUACUGAAAUUGCCUCGAGGAAGAAAAACCAAUUGAGGGUUGCCAAUAACUCGGAUAUUGAGCUGCCCAAUAAGCACGAUGUGCGUGAGAAGCGGGCUCAACUUUCAUGGGAUAGGAGAAGCAAAUGA